UGUGCUAGUUUAAUUUUUCCGACGGUAAAUAUUCAGAAGACGGAUUUAUCAUAUGAGUGUAUAUAGUUUAACGAAUAUAUUCUAACCGUGGAAGCUUUGAGAAAACGUGACCCAUUUUUGUGUUUCUACCUCAUCACUAUUUAUAGACCAUAGUUAACCUCAUUACUAACAAUUGACCAUAUAUGGUACAGGAAGACGGUAGACAGAAAGACCAGGACACGAGUGUUUGCCGGGUUGUUUAAAAAGUUGACUGACAGGUGCGAUUAUGUGAGUAUCAGUGCUCUUAGCUAAACAAUACACAAUAAUGGAACUGGAACCUGAAUCUCUGGGUUAUCAGCAGGUGUCUCCCUCGAGCUCUCCACCUCCUCAUUACCAGGUGUCUCCCUCUAGCUCCCCACCUCUACAUCAGCAGGUGUCUCCCUCGAGCUCCCCACCACCUCAUCAGCAGGUGUCUCCCUCUAGCUCCCCACCUCUGCAUCAGCUGGCGUCACCCUCAAGCUCCCCUCCCUUUGUACAUGUGCCACCACCUCCGCCUCCCCCUCCACCGCCUCCUCCACCACCACCUCCAAUACCUGCCCCAUUAUUACUGGAUGGAACAACUACAGGUUUGAGUGACAUACGAGUGAGGGCGAGUGAGCCAAUCAAUGGAUCAGACUUAUUGUUGGAAGUUCCCAGUGAUGAGGAGGAUAUCUUUAAAGCUGUGCGAUAUGAUGAUCUGGACAUGAUUGGAAGACUGUUGAGAGCUGGUGUCGACAUCAAUACAAAACAUUUAGGUAUGUCUUGCACUGUAAGAUGUCGUUCGUUGGCAAGCCACAUCAGAAUGACAAAAUACACUCCGUUACACGUGGCAGUGCUACAGAGCCCCAUGAAGACUAUAUCCUUCCUGGUAGAUCAUGGAGCUGAUGUAAAUAGUUGUGACGGUAACAGUCGAGUUCCCUUACAUUAUGUAGCAAAUGCUGGUCGAGCGGACGUUCUCCUGUUUCUUUUACAGAAAGGAGCAGACUGUGAUAUACAGUCAGCCAGUUUGAAAACUCCUGUAAUGUAUGCAGUGAUUAAGGGGGAUCAGUUGUGUAUCAGUUUGUUGAUCAAAGCUGGUGCUAACUUAGACAUUACUGAUGAGAAGGGUACAUCAGCACUCCAUCUGGCCAGCUUCACCAUGCCAGUUAAACAUCAUGUAGUACAGCUCUUACUAAAGGGUGGUGCUAAUGUUAACAUUGCCAACAAGAAAGGUGCUACACCACUGAUGAUGGCUGUAAGUACUAGAGAUCUUGCACUCGUGGAAAUGUUAUUGGAUGGAGGAGCUCAAGUUGAUAAGGCAGAUAAUAUGAGAAGGACAACAUUUCACUCUGUGGUAGAGCUCAACUCUAGGGCUGUCCCUGCAAUCACACGGUUAUUGGUUCAGAGAGGUGCUGAUAUUAAUGCUGUAGACAAAAAUGGUGGCACUCCUUUAUCGAAAUCAAUCCGAUUUGGUAAAAUGGAAACAAUACGCAUGUUAUUGUCUAUGGACUGUUAUCGUGAUAUGGACCUUCUCCAUGGUGAUAAAAUCACAGACUUGCGAGAAUCUUACACACUUUUUAAUCAGUGGAUGGAGAGUGAACUCAACACUCCAAGAUCUUUACUGAGGUCAUGUCGAUACACUAUCAGAAAUAACCUACAGAAAGGUCAUAUCACUGACCUAGAGAAUUUUAUGAUCCCUAGAACAUUGAAGAAUUAUCUUCAAUUUAAAUAAUAAAGAGUGUGAAUUCACUACAGACACAUUUUUAACAGCAUGCUGUAAAAAGGGCUUUCCCAUUGAUACAGACUACACAAUAAGUUUCUAUUUUUACAGACCACACAAUAAGUUUCUAUUGAUACAGACCACACAAUAAGUUUCUAUUGAUAUAAAAUUAUCCUUAUUACCAAUUUCCUGCUAUAACACCAGAACCUGUUACUAGUUGGUAAGUGACUGUUACAAUCGCAGUGGCGUUAAUUUUUGUAUUGUCCUCUAAGGUUAUGUGGUAUUAUGUUUUCUUCCAAGGCAAAUAUAUUGGUUUUGAUGAUCAUAGUUUUAUGAAUAUGGUGGUUGUGAACAUGUCGAUUAUGACAAUUAUUGUGAUAUGAGUGUAGUGGUUGUCAUUGGUGUAACAAUUAUUGUGAUAUGAGUGUAGUUGUCAACACUGUGACAAUUAUUGUGAUAUGAGUGUAGUUGUCAACAGUGUGACAAUUAUUGUGAUAUGAGUGUAGUUGUCAACAGUGUGACAAUUAUUGUGAUAAGAGUGUAGUUGUCAACACUGUGACAAUUAUAGUGAUAUGAGUGUAGUUGUCAACACUGACAAUUAUUGUGAUAUGAGUGUAGUUGUCAACAGUGUGACAAUUAUUGUGAUAUAACUGCAGUGGUUGUCAACAGUGUGACAAUUAUUUUGAUAUAAUUAUGUUGGUUGUUAACAAUGUGAUAAUUAUUGUGAUAUGCCUGUAGUGGUUGUCAUCGUUGUGCAGUAGAAACUAUUAUAAAGUUGGUGAUUUUUC